GGGCCGCUCCGCCCGCCGGGGGUGGCCGCGGCAUCGGGGGGCCCCGGGAACACGGGGAGCACCGGCGGCACCGGGGCGGGGAGAGCCCGGUCCCUCCCCGCCGGGCCGAGCGGGAGGCGGGCUCAGCGGAGACGCCCCAGGCCGGUGACAGCCCGUGCCGGUGGCUGCCCGGGCGGGUGCCAUGGCGGGGGGCGCGGGGCUGGCCAAGCGCCUGGGCACCUUCGUGUCGGGGCUGCUGGAGUGCGGCGCCUUCUGCGGCAUCAUUUUCGGCUGGGCCUCCCUCGUCUUCGUCCUGAAGGAACGGGGCUACUUCCGGUGGCUGUGCCAGCCCUCCCCCACCAACCACACCGAGGGGCUCGACUGCAGUGCGCAGGAUGAGCAGUUCUCCCUGGUCUUCACCAUCGGCUCCUUCAUGAACAACUUCAUGACCUUCCCCAUGGGCGUCGUCUUUGACCGCUUCGGCACCCUGGCCGCUCGCCUCAUCGCCAUCUCCCUCUACGCCGGCGGGACCCUGCUCGUCGCCUUCUCCACUCCAGAGCUGGCAGUGCUGCUCUUCCCGGCCAUGUCCAUGCUGUCGGUGGGCGGCAUCCUCCUCAUCCUCACCAACAUGCAGGUGGGCAACCUGUUUGGGAAGUACCGCUCCAUCAUCAUCACCCUCUACAAUGGGGCCUUCGACUCCUCCUCCGCCAUCUUCCUCAUCGUCAAGCUGCUGUACGCACAGGGGCUGUCCCUGCAAGCCAUGUUCCUCUUCCUGGCAGCCUGCAGCGCCUGGCACCUGCUGCGCACCCUCUUCCUGAUGCCACGCACCCGCGUCCCCUACCCGCUGCCCCCCGGCUACGACUACGGGCUGCAGUGCCCAGGGCGCUCCCGCUCCUACCGCACCUACGAGGAGAAGAGGCCCCCAGGGGAGGAUGGCCCCGAGGAGACCCCCCUGGAGCCCCCCGUGCCUCGAGGUGAAGCCCCCCCCGGGACGACGUUCCGGGCCUGCGCGUGCUCGUGGCUCUUCGCCUGGCACGUGGCCUGGCUCUCCGUCAUGCAGCUGCGCCACUACCUGUUCAUCGGCACCCUCAACCCGCUGCUCGAGCGCCUGUCGCACGGGGACUCCGACGCGGUGAGCACCUACACCAACGCCUUCGCCUUCACCCAGCUCUGCGGGGUGCUCUGUGCCCCCUGGAACGGCCUCAUCCUCGACUGGCACAAGCGGGGCAAGCGCCACCGCCCCGAGGGUGCCCGGGCCGCGCUGGCAGACCUGCGGGCCGCGGUGGUGUCCCUGGUGGUGACGGUGGUGCAGUGCCUGCUGUUCUCCGUGUGCGCCGCCGUGCCCGUCCUGCAGGUGCAGUUCGCCACCUUCGUGCUGCAGGUGAUCAGCCGCUCCUUCCUGUACGGCGGCAACGCCGCCUUCCUGGCCAUCGCGUUCCCCCCACAGCACUUUGGGAAGCUGUACGGACUGGCCAUGGCACUGUCGGCGCUGGUGGCCCUCCUGCAGUACCCCUGUGUCGCCCUGGUGCAGGGGCCGCUCCAAGGGGACCCCUUCUAUGUGAACGUGGGGCUCAUCGCCGUGGUGCUGUUGGCCUUCGUCAGCCCCGUGGUGGUGGCCCGCGAGUGCCGGCGGCGAGCCAAGGAGCUGGAGGCAGCUGGCACGCCCCUGACAGCCCCCCCUGCCGCCGAGACCCCCGCCGAGAUGCCUCACUGAGCCCCGCACCCGCCAGGAACCCGGCACCCAGCACCCCGUUUUUGUACUGGCCGGGGGGUGCUGUGCCGGUGGGAUGGGGGGGUUCGGGGGGUAAUAAACGUC